GCCAUGGAGGCGGCGGGGCUGCCCGCCGCGCUGGAGCUGGCGGCCGGCGGCGGCGCGGGGCUGAGCCCGGAGAAGCGGGCGGCGCUGGGGGCUUCGCUGCCGCUGCUGCGGCGCGACUACCGCUUCGAGGCGGUCUGGUUCUGGGGCUGCGUCCAGGGCGUGCGCGGCGCCUACUACAUCGCCCAGGGGCUGGGGACAGACCGCGCCGCGCCCCGCAGCCGCCUCUACAGCUUGGACUGUGUGGAGUGGAGCCUGCUGACGCCGGUGACCAAGGAGGUGGAGGCGCAAGCUGAGAAGCUGAAGGGCCGUUUCCAGGGGGAUCCGUCUUUUCAGUACGAGUACGCCGAGGUAAACGCGGAAGAUGCCGAAAGAUUGCUCGAAGACGGUAACGUGCCUGUGAUCAAGGAGGAGGACCGCCUCAUAGCUACGAUAGACCAGAUAGACAGAGCAGUUGGUAUCAUCCCCCGAGGUGCGUUUGUGAAGACUCCUCUUGGGUCUGUGCAUGAAAACAGAAACUUUGAAGGUCUUUCUUUAACGGAGGCAAAAAAACUAAGUUCCUAUUUCCAUUUUAUGGAGCCUGUUAAUCUGAAGAAUAAAACCCUGCUGGAAAAGGCUAACUGGGACCCAUCCACUGACUUUCUGGACUCUCUGGAGCAUGAUAUCCCACAAGUGUGUCUCCAGCUGACCAACUUCCUUGUGUGACAGUCGUAUCUCAAGUGAAAUCAUCUAUGUCCCUGCCGCUGCAGUUCCAAACUACGCUCACAGCAUUUGGCUCAAAAUGCUGCACACUCAACAGAAGAUUUGUCCAUUUCAGAAGAUCCCCGCAGUUAGCAGGCCAGGUGCCUCUCCCAGCGGACUUGUGCAGAUGCAUCUUACCACAGGGAGAAAGCAGACAGGUACAGCCAACUUUAUGGGGCAGCUGCGGAGGGAAGUGAACAAGCAUGUAGAAGAAUCAAAGAAAAAAAUACGUCUGGCAAGUUCUCGUGGUGCCGUCAUGUUCCAUGAAAUUCACAUUCUGUGCUAGUGGACAGCCAAGCCUGUAACUACAGAUUUGCUUUAAUCACUGGACAGCUCCCAUGAGGCUGGACCCAGAUUCCCACCCCUGUAAUCUGCAGCAUUUGAUGAAAACAACUUGGAUUGAAUUAAUCUAUGGCUAACAGGCAAAGAUUGCAGUUUGGUUUCCCCUAAUUGCAGCCAAAGCAAGAUGACAUAUUUACUGCCUACUCAGACUAAUGAUGUUUGAAGUGGAUAAGGGGGAGAAGGAAAAACAAGUUUAGCCUUCACCUUUAAAAGGUCUGGAUAAACUCGCUGAACAAAACACUAUGCAUAACAUGUGAAUAGAUGGCAACUGAAACACAGAGGCAUCUCUGCAUUUCAGUAUCCGCAGACAAUUUGGAAAGCAAAAUCCUUGACUGGUUACAUGCAAUUCAUUAAAACCUUCAUUUAUCACAACACGAGUUCUGUCUGUGUAGCCAAAUUACUACUGGGCUGUAGACAAGCCUGCCUGUCAUUAUUUCCAGUUACACAAGAACGUAUUUCCUCCUUUAACCCUUACUCCUGGGAGCUGUACGCCAUUCUCUAGGCAUUUUGUAAGAGGAUUGCAGGUUCCAACCCAGUUGCCUCCUGACAAUGAUGAAAAUCAAUUUUUUUUUAAAAUCUGAUGGCUGUGAAAAAUCAAGUGAGGUCUGGGAUUCAGUGAACAGACAUACCCAGACGACAAACAGUGGGCAUUUGUACCUCAGGCUCCUUUAUCCUGAGCCUCAGUGGAGACUAAGGACUGAACUGGCAAUGACGGCUGCAGCCCUCCACACCGCAACUGAGGCCGGUUGGAAUCAUGACCCGUGAGUGCUCACAAUGCCUGUUUGGUUGAUUAAUAACUUCGGAGACAUUGGUCCCCCAGUUCUCUGACAGCUAAAGUAACUCAUUAUGCUACUACUUUAGACUGUGCUAGUUGCCCAUGACAAAAGGAAAGUCCUAUGAGGUCAUAUUACUCAGCUCCCUCAGGGGCUAAUUCAACACUUCCCUUUUCAUAGUGCCUUAUUCAGUCCAAUUACAAGCGUCCCAAGCAAAAAAGCUCACACUUUCCCUUCUGUGCAACCGACUGAUCUCAGCUUAUCAAUCUCAAAGAAACCGCUGUGAUCCACCUAUUCUGAUCUCUUACUAAGCAUGGGUUAUAGGUUAUGCUGUAUGAACUAGCCUGUAUCUUUAAAAUAGCUGGUCUUGAUUUACAGUCUUUUAGGACAAUUCAGCCACCAAUGAGUAAAUUGUCUAAUUAAACAGUUUAAUAAACCGUUUAAUUACCCACAGUUAAAUGCCUGCAUUUUAUUAUUUGAGUAUUU